AUGACCAACACCAUGACCGACGUUAUAGAUGAUCCAUCAUCUGGGAUCCAGUCUUCGGCGGAAGAGGAGCAGGAUGAAGUUCCUGUGGAGUCCUUGGUCAAAGGGCGCGCAAAGCGAAGCACCGCCGGACUCCACAUGUCUGCCCUCCUCGAAGCUGCUGCCGAUGACGACCUAGCUCUCCUGUUUGAGGAAGUCGAAGAUGAUAAUGAGUUUGCGGAUGUUGUUGACCCAGACGCGGAGGAGGAUGUGGCUCUCGAAUCCUCGGAGGAUGAUGAGGAUGAUCAGGGACCGAACGCGCAGAAUGACUACGAAGGCGAACAGCAACUACAAAAAGACGAGCGCAAGAAGCGCAAAACACAGAAUGAUCUCAGGUUCCAAACUUUACGCAAACGAGUCAAAAUUGACCCGACCGCCGUAUCCGCCAUGGCCCCCGCCCCGCGUCCGAAGAAGAAGUCGGAGCGCAUUUCCUGGAUUCCUACGGUGGAAGACGGACCGACUCGUCAGUCCUCCCGUCGACAAACGAUGGUCAACAAGGAGCUCACGCAUGCUCGGUUGAAGGACAGUCAGGAGAAACGAGUCCGCAUUAUCGCUACAAUGAAGGAGGCAGAGAAACGGAAGGCACAUCUGAAGCCGAAGGAAAUGACGCAGGAAGAUCAUCUUGUGGAAGCCGCACGAAUCGAACGGCUCAACAGCAAGAGUUUGAAUCGCUGGGAACUUUCAGAGAAAAGAAAGGCAGACGAAAGACGAGCCAGGAUCGAAGAACUACAGAAUCGCCGUCUCGACGGUCCCGUGAUAUCCUACUGGAGUGGUGUGGCUACCUGGACCAAUGGACGCCUCACGCGAGUAGGCAAAAUCGACGUCAAACCAAAACCAGACAAGGAAGAGGCACGGAAAAAGAAGAAGGAGAAGGAAGACAAAGAGAAAACUGUUGCAGAUCUACAGGCAUUGGCACCUGCUCCUGUUGUUGGACCGACUCCUGUCCCUGGAUCGACCACUGCCACUGUCACAACCACACCACAUCAACCCCCCACCCCCAUUGCGGUCGAGGCUGCCACCACCCCUGGAACGAUAGCGCCAUCUGGUUCCACUCUUGUAUGGGACCAAAAGACAUCUGAGGAAAAGCCUUCCCUUGACAACACUUCGACCUCGGCUCAAGGGACUCUUGAUGGUACGGUCGAUGUUCCUGUAUCCUCUGCCGAGGUGGAUGCUAGUGAACCAAAUGCAAAAUCCCCAGCAACUAACACAACCGUGACGGCACCAUGUCCCGACCAGGAAAAGGGCAGUGAUGUAGAGACGGGACCCCCCGCACACAAUGAUGCAUCAGGACCGCCCCCCGCACAAGAUAAGGCUCCCGCAGAAAAUCCAAUUCCGGAGCCACCAACAGCGACAACAACAAGACGCCAAUCAUUCGCAGUGGAGGUCAAAGUGUCUCGCCAACUAUCACAAUCUAGCAAUGGCUCUUCUCCAAAUUUGCCCGCGUCGGGUUCAAUCCAAAACGACGGUGCUAUGGAUAUCGACCAACCUCCAGCGGCUGCAGCGGCUGCAACGGACGGGCCAGGAGUUCAAGAAUCGACAGAUAAAUCAACUUUGGCCACACCAGAUGUGACCGAUGCCCAACCUACUGUGGCAGAACCCACUACCCCACAUGAUGUUGGGCCGACUGCACUUCCAACAUCGUCGAGCGAAUCUCAGCCUGUUGAAAAGGUCACGUCUAUCGAUCCUGCAGUGGCACUGGCCCCUCCCACUGCAUCGGCCGCUGCAACACCUGCUCAAGCCACGGUGCCCGAAAGCGCCCUCUCUCCGAGCCUAAACCAACCGUCCACGUCACAGAUUGUACAGCUCCAACCGCCAUCAGCGAAUGUGAAGAUGGAGGGACUAGCACCGCCAGAAGUACCAGAAGGGCCUCCAGUAAUCGAGCACACGGGACGCACUCUCACGAUUCUGGAAAACUUUGACUAUGCAACGGCACAAAAAUCGAAAUACAGCAUGUACUUCAAUGCCAAAAAGCCCGCUCGGCUAACCAAAAUCUCGUCAUCGCUUUGCGUCAUCACUUCCCUGCCAUCGCGAUACCGCGAUCCAGGGACUGGUCUACCCUAUGCUAAUUCCUACGCCUAUGGGCAAAUCCGGCGGAUGCUCACAGAAGGAUACAUCUGGAGCGCGAUGCUUGGAUGUUUCGUCGGGCCGGCCGAGGCUGCCCGUGGAGUUCCCGAGCGAUUUUCAUAUGCUAGUAAGCAGGGCCUAGGGACUCGAUAUCCGGUGCAUGAUCUGGCCGAAUCGAUUACAGGGAAGGAGACCAAGGCUGCCAAUAGCGAGGUUCCCUCUACCCCCACUCCGGUUACUACAGCGCCUCAACCAGCGCCUCCAGCGCCUCCAGCAGCACAUUCAGGGGAGUCCAGGGAUCCUAUGGAGGUUGAUAAAGUAUGA